UUUCUCUUCCUGUGUUCAUUACUAAUCGAACUGAGGCCUUUUAAGGCAACAAGGCGUUGUUCUAAAGUACUGCUCAGAAAGACAUGCCAGAUAAAAGGCAGAUUGAACAUAUACUGUUUAAAUUUAUUGGAUCCUUGUCCAGUCAAUUAGAUGAUCGUCCAGUCAAUGUGAACCUUGUCCAGUCAAUGUGAACCUUAUGCAGUCUAGUUGCUAUUUAAGUUAGAACAUCUCUUAUUGAUAUAUAUAUUUGACAUUUGAUCCAUGAACAGUGAUAAUCAACAGAUAGUUUUUACAUUCAAAAUACCAGAACACCAAUAGUAAACAAGAGAGGAAUGAAAAUCCAAUACCAGAACACCAAUAGUAAACAAGAGAGGAAUGAAAUAAUUGUACAUUUUACCUUUAUUGUCUGCGGAAGUGCAAUUGAUUGUCUUGUGUUUGAUGGAAAAAAUCACACCCUGUUUGUACAAUACCUCAUUUAGGUUAUAAUGGAAAAUUGGAAUAGGGUUAUAAUGGAAAAUUGGAAUGAGAAACUUCAUACAGCUGCUGGGACUGGAAAUGUAAACGAUGUGAAAAAAUGCCUAGAGAAUAAAGCAGACAUUGAUUAUCAAACUAUAGAUGGACGGACAGCAUUAAUGUGGGCUGCCAUGUUAGGACACCUGGAGAUCUGUAGACUCCUCAUUGAUACAGGAUGUAAGAUCGACAUCACAUCAGAGGAUGGAUGGACAGCAUUAAUGUUGGCUGCCGUGAGAGGACACCUGGAGGUCUGUCGUCUCCUCAUUGAUUCAGGAUGUAAGAUCGACAUCACAUCAACAGUGUAUGGUGGAGAGACAGCAUUAAUGAUGAUUGCCGAGGGAGGACACCUGGAGAUCUGUAGACUCCUCAUUGAUUCAGGAUGUAAGAUCGACAUCACAACAAGAGAUGGAUACACAGCUUUACAUUGGGCUGCUAGGAAGGGACAUCUACAGACCACAAGAUGUCUGGUAGAACAAGGAGGUGCAAGUCCCUUGGUUACAACACAUGAGGGUGAAACUCCAUAUGAUCUGGCAGCAGCAAAACUGAAGUUUGAUCCAGGAUACAAAGAAGUAGUGGAAUACUUGCAGACAGUUAUGUCAGAGAAAUCCUCAAGUGUUCCUGCAGGACUGAAAAUGGGAGGUGAUAUGGUUCCAACUGAGAUCAAAUUAAUGGCCGACAAAAGAUCAAUUGAUUUGUACCUCAAACUACUUCAGUCAGGCUAUGAAUUAAAGAGAGAUAUACGUUUAGUAGUUGUUGGGAAAAAAGGUGCUGGAAAGACAUCAUUGAUUAGAAGAUUGUUUGGUGAAGAAAUUACAGAUGUUACCAGUACAAAUGGAAUAGAAAUUCAUAAAAUUAAAUGCAAAGCAAUGUCUGAUGAUGGCAUAUGGAAUAAACAAGAAGAAAACUAUGAAGAUACUCAAACCCAAGCAAGACUUUUAAAACAGUACGUAGGAAAACUUCAGGACAAAAGACCAAUAGAAUCCCACAGAGACUUUAAAGACAACACAUCAGUAACAUCUGUUGAUGAAUCAAAGAAAUCAGAGACUGCAUCCAAGCUGAUAAUAAAACCUCCAGAAGCAGCUGAACCUCAAUCAGAACCUCAAGUAACUCCCCAGCAGCCCUCUGAACAAGCAACAAGGGAUUUCGAAACUAUGAUUACCGCUAAAUCUAAAGUUGAUGUAAAUGACAAAGAGGAAUAUGCCACAUUUUUGUUGUGGGAUUUUGCGGGAGAUGAAGAAUUUUACCACACUCAUCAAACCUUUCUGUCCCAAGAUGCAAUGUAUCUUGUUGUUACAAAACUUAAUGAAGCUGAUGAUCAUAAUGCACAAGCCUUAUUCAGACUAUGGAUUAACUCAAUACAUUGCUACAGUAGACUGGAAGAGAGAAAAAAUACAUCUGAGAAGAAACCGUUGGGUGAUAAUGAUCCUCCAGUAGUUAUUGUUGGCACAUGGAAAGAUGCUGUGACCUCAGAAACAGACACGAAAAAGAUUGAGAUUGCAUGCCGAGAAAACCUGUUAAAGUACACCAAUGAACUGGCAGAUGAUGAACGUGGUCAUGUAAGGUGUGAAUACUUGAUUUCCAAUAAAGACGAUGAAUGCAUUGUAUUUCAGCAGAUACGACAGAACAUUCUAAACUUAGCUAGAGGAAUGAGAACCUGGAACAUAAAAUAUCCGUUAAAAUUCAUUCAACUGGAACAACGACUUCAAAAAAAGAAAGAAGAGUUACCAAUCAUUUCCUAUCAUGAAAUUAAGGACAUUUCAACUGAUAUACCAAUGCCAUUAAGUGAGGAAGAAUUGAUAUUAUUUCUAGAAUUUCACCAUGAACUCAGAGCUUUAGUUUAUUUUAAGGAUCUAUCCGAAUAUAUCAUUUUAGAUACACAAUGGUUGUCUGAUGCUUUUAGAUGUAUAGUAACAGCACAGAAAUUUCUAAUUAAUAUCAGAAAUCAAAAACCAUGGAACGAUUUUUUUCAACUAGGCAAAUUAAAUAAUGCAGUUUUAGAAGAUAUAUUUAAAAAUGAAACAACAAUUGUGUAUGAACAUAAAGACUUUAUCUUGAAAGUUAUGGAGAAAUUUGAUAUAAUUAUACAUCCAAACAAAUCAGUGGGUGCUGAUGAAAACCAUUGUUACUAUGUACCCUGUAUGAUUAAAGAAGAAUGCAAGUGUGACAUAUACGAAAUGUUUAAUGUGCCAGAAGAUGCCCAUCACAGGUCCACUUGGUUGUGUUUUAAAUUCAGGUUUCUACCACCACAUCUUAAGAAUCAUUUGAUUGCUUCACUAAGCCGGAGGUAUUCUAUAGCACAAGUGGGUAUAUCAAAUCAGAAGAAAAUGCAGAUUGCUAUUUUCCGGAACAUUGUGGUAUUUGAGUUACAGAAGACGAAAUUGAGAAAAUUGCUUGUUACGACAUGUCCAAAUGCAAUUCAGAUACAAGUUUUAGAAUUUGGGAAAGGUAUUGAAAGAGGGUUGUUAAAGGACAUCGCUGACUUUGUUGAGAUGGAAUUAGAAAAGAUAAUUCAUACAAGAUUUAACAUGUCAAAUGUAAAAUUUGAAAAAAAGUGGGAAUGUGGUCUUACAAAACCAGAGUUUGUUACAGGUAUCAAUGACUUUGGUGUAGAGCAGAUGACAGAAUACUACUGUGAAACAUGCAUAAAAACCCACAAGUUCAUGGAUGAAUGGUCAGGUUUAGAAUCGAAAUCUUUAUGCUUGCUUAAGUGUUUUGAAGAUGCUCAACACUCAAAUCCUCAUCUAGAAACGUCCAGUAAAAAGUCAACAUUUUCCACGAAGGUACAUUGGUCUUUCCAAGCUGGUAUGCAAGCAUUUUCAGAUGUUACUGAAGAGUCAACUAGAACAGGCAGUUUGACUGGGUUUUCAAAGGAGGAGAUCAAUUUUGCAAAGAUGGGGAUGAUUGUGCUGAAUAUUCUUGCUGAUGUUUUAUAUGAUCUAUUGAGGCGAGAUAAACCUCACCUGCCUCUUAGGAGUAAUUGUGAUAUAACGUACUUGUACAAGGAGCUUAGAAGACUUAAUAAGCAUGUACCAACUCAUUGGUGGGGAGAAACAUGGCAGAAUAUUCAGAUUACAGACAUAGCUAUUGGAGAUGAUAUUGAACGCAUACGACUUUUACGGAAUGACCUACAACACUCGAAGACAUUCAAACUCGAUGAUAUACUGUUUCAUGAGUCGAACAUUAUAAUUGUUGAUCUUGUGGGAAGAUUCGAUUUACAUAAUAAACCAACAACGUUGUACACAGACCAACUAAAAGAAAUAAUGGACAAACAAGUUUCUAAAGAGGAAAUGAAAUGUAUUAAGCUACAGUUUAUAAGUGAAUUCAAAUUAGUAGUGGCAAUUGAUAUUGAAAUGGAACAGCAAUGAAUAUAUCACCAUAAUAGAACAUCAACUCAUAACCACCAUUGUAUAAAACUGCUGUUGAAGGCAUUAAUAUGUUAUAGCUGGGGCGUACUUAAGUCAGUGUACAAACUAUAAAAUUUUAAACCUAAAUAAUGAAAAUCGAGGAUGUAUGAAGCUUACACAAGUCUAGACCUAUAUUACCAAAAGUGACAUAAAAAUAGGCCAAAUCUUAUGAGGUCAAUUUUGACUAAGGGAGUAAGAACCUUACUUUUGUAAUGAUUUCUGAAUUUAUUUAUGGAUAAUUUAGAAUCUGGAGCACUGACUACUGAGUAAGAUGUUAUCCUCAGCAGGGAUGUUGACCCACUGCUAGAAUAACAAUUUAUAAAUGUGAAGUAUGCAAUUCAUGUGUAAGACUUUCCAUUUUAAAAUAGAAAAGUAUGUGUUUUAUCAUAUUUACGGCUGUAUAUUACAAAAAAAAAGAAUAUGUUUGUUUGAUUCAUGUUUUUUUCUCAACUUUGCCACAUAAGGGAAGAUAACUCAGAUAUAAGAGGAGAUAACUCAGAUAAGGUAACUUUUAUAAUAGAAUGUGUUGUGAAUUUACAUAAUUCAUUAUGUAGCAUGAAAACGAGUCUGGUGAUCCCAUUUUUAUCUUUUUCUUAUCUGAAAGCAUAUAAUUAGCGCUAUCUUCUCAUAUUUUAUCUAAAAAUUUUGUAGUGUAGUUUUCUUUUCAUCACACAAAAUUGGGUUUUCCAUGCAUAAUCUAUAUAAAAUCUGACAAUUUUGCACAACCUGUAGCGUGAAAAAAAGCCCGAUGACCCCUACUUUUUUUUAAUUUUUGAAAAAAGCAUGAUAUAAACUAUGUUUUGACAAAUUAUUAAAGAAUUCUAUGGAUUUAAAUGUAGACCCCCAUCUACCUUAAGUUAAAAUAAGUAUUAAACCUUCAAAAUGAUGUUAAAGUGUAAUAAUCGUAUUGAAUAGACUUUUUACAUGUUUACUUAAAUUCAAUACAUGAAACAGUUACUGCAUAUGCUAUAAUCUUUUUGUGACUUCAUGUUGUUUUUCAAAAUGUUUGAUUUUUCUUUUCACUUGAUAAUAAAAAUUAUAAAUGUAAUGUGUAAUUCAAUGCAUCACUUUGCAAAAGUAAUUGUAAUUUAAUGCACGGUUUUGUCAAUGUAAUUGUAAUAUAAUGCAUUACAUUGCAAUGUGAUUCGCCCCAUGCCUGCACCUGACAGCAUAAAUCCAACAAUGCAUGGGAACUGAGGUAGAUACUUCAAUAACCUUUA